UCCGGAGAAUGUGUGUCAUUGGAGAGACACUGUGACCUCCAUCGUGACUGUUCAGAUGGUUCUGAUGAAGAUAACUGUGUGGAUUGUGUCCUCUCUGUGUGGACAUCCUGGAGUGAAUGCAGUCGCUCCUGUGGGUUAGGAGUCAAGUUUCGACGUCAGGAUGUGAUCAGGGAUCGACUGCCUGGGGGUCAUUGUGCCGGAGCUCAGUUUGACAGUCAGAGCUGCUUCGUACAAGCAUGUCCAGUGAAUGGUGCCUGGUCGCCUUGGGGAGAGUGGUCUGCUUGUGAUGCUCUGUGUCAAGGAGGGGUCCGUUCUAGAAACAGGAAAUGUGAAAAUCCGCCACCCAAGAACGGGGGUCUUUUGUGCCGUGGAGAAUCUGUGCAGACAGAAUCCUGUAACCUACAGCCAUGUGGGGACUCAGAAGACUGUGGCCUGGAGAUGAUCUAUGUUCAUCCUGGACAGUGUGAAUCCCAGCACAUGGAUCCAUGUCCGUUGACCUGCCGCAGCCUGAACGCUGAGACCCUGUGUGAUGGAGGCUGUAUGGAAGGAUGCCGCUGCCCUCCAGGUCUGUACCUCCAAGAUGGCGGCUGUGUGACUAUCAGCCGGUGUCGCUGUAAUGUGGAGCAUGGCGGCACCCAACUUCCUGGGGAGACGUUCAGCCCCGACAACUGCAGCGUGUGCCAAUGCCAAGACGGGAAGGUGACGUGUGACAGCUCAGCCUGUGCCGUGGACUGUGGGUGGUCAGCCUGGUCCCAGUGGACACCAUGUGACACGACAUGUGGAGCCGGCAUGCAGGAGCGAUUCAGGUCUCCAUCUAAUCCUCCCAGUGCUAACGGUGGUGCUCCCUGUGAGGGGGACACACGGGACCCCAUAGAGUGUUACACUCCAUGUGCCAAUGAGACGGACAUAUUCUGGAGUGAUUGGACCCCGUGGUCGCCAUGCUCUAGAACGUGCUUCUAUGACGUGGAAAAUAUUGGGGUGCGGAGAAGAUUCCGGCAUUGUAACACCACGCAGUCCUCCUCUGGCCCUCCGUGUGUUGGGGAGUCUGUCCAGGAGGAGCCAUGCGAUACACCGCUGUGUCCUGUUGUCGGCGGGUGGUCCUCCUGGACCUCUUGGACAGAGUGUACCGCCACCUGUGACUCUGGAAUCCAGACCCGAAACCGCUCAUGUUCUAACCCUGUGCCAUUACAUGGAGGCCACGACUGUCGGGGGCCACAGAUCCAGACCAGGGAGUGUAACACACAGCCUUGCAAAGAUCUCUGUCCACCCAAUAUGAUCUAUCAGACCGUGGAGGAGUGUCGCGGCUCCAGGGGGGUCUGUCCUCGGCUGUGCCUGGACCAGGCUGCCCAGGUAGAGUGUGCCUCCACCUGCUACGAGGGCUGCUACUGCCCUGAGGGGCUCUUUCUGCAGAACAACAGCUGUGUGUCGCAGACCGAAUGUUCCUGUUACCACCGGGGGGCGCUCUACCAACCCGGGGAGAACGUGACGCUGGACGCCUGCAACAACUGCACCUGUGUGUCCGGUGAGAUGGUCUGCAGUGCAGCUCCAUGUCCAGUGGAUUGUGGUUGGAGUGAUUGGACCUCUUGGAGCUCCUGCAGCCGAACGUGUAAUGUUGGCACCAGACGACGCUACCGAUCGGGAACCAACCCAGCCGCCGCGUUCGGAGGUCGGGAUUGUGAGGGGUCCGGUGUGGCCAUUGAGUUCUGCAGUUUACAGCCCUGUAAAGGCUCUGCUGGGGACUGGGGACCCUGGUCAGAAUGUUCUGUGGCCUGCGGCGGAGGAUACCGGAACCGCAGCCGCGUCAGCGUCAUUCUGCGCCGCAUCGAAUUCUCCACCUGUAACCUCCAUCUGUGUUCUGGAGAGGAUCCCGGGAUCUGUCUGGAUGGGAAGGUAUGGAAGGAAUGCAGUGAUGGCCCCGCCUCCUGCGCUCAUCUGGAUGAUGAUGGAGACAACAAGACGUGCCAGCCAGGCUGCUACUGCCAGAGUGGGGAGCUCCUGCUGAACAACCACUGUGUCCCCCCAUGGCAGUGUCCCUGCACUGAGAAUGGAGUCUUCUAUCAACCUGGAGAGACCGUGCUGAGGGACUGUAAUAACUGCUCCUGCCUCUCUGGACGGAUCACGGAUUGCUCGCAGCUCCCCUGUGGCGCUGUGGAUGGGAAGUGGUCGGACUGGACGCCGUGGAGCGAGUGUUCAGCAACGUGCGGGGGAGGAUUCCAGAACCGGUACCGAUUCUGCACCGACCCCCCUCCCUCCGGAACCGGCCGACCCUGUGAAGGUCCUGAGCGGGAGGAGCGGCCCUGUGACCCGGAGCCAUGUGAGGAAAGCGGGGAUUGGAGCGCGUGGAGCGGAUGGACGGACUGUACCAAGACCUGUGGAGAGGGGGUGAGAUCUCGCAGCCGCUUGUGUAAUGACCCCGCCCCAUUGGGGGGCGGAGACUACUGCGAAGGCCGGAGCGCAGAGGUGGAGCCCUGCCAGAUUCCGCCAUGCCCGGUGGUCAACUGUUCAUCCAUCGCAGACACCACAUACAGCAGCUGUGGCCCGGCAUGCCCAAGGUCAUGUGAUGACAUCACGCAUUGUACUGAAUCCUGCCAGCCGGGCUGUUAUUGCCCCCCGGGGAAGGUCCUGGCGGAGAACGGCACAACCUGUGUGGCUCUAGAAGAAUGCACCUGUCUGGACAUCCUAACAGGAGGGAGGCGUCUUCCUGGUGAAGCCGUCCCCCGAGGAGAUGGAUGUAAUAACUGCACCUGUGUGAAUGGAACCAUGGAGUGCACCAGUGUCACCUGUGCAGUGGCUGGAGGCUGGUGUGAUUGGUCAGACUGGACCCCGUGUUCUAGGACGUGUGGUACAGAGAUGGUGACCAGGUACCGGAGCUGUGCCUGUCCUAAACCGCUUGGUGGAGGAGAGCACUGUGGUGGGGUGCAGCAGUAUUUUGGUGAUACGGGAGUGCAGCUGGAGAGGAAGGAGUGCCCCUCACCUUCUUUUUGCCCAGUGAACGGCCAGUGGAGCCCCUGGGGUCCCUGGUCAGAGUGUGACACCUGCUCUGUGGACUCUGUGAGGACUAGACAGUGCAGUAACCCCCCUGUGAGGUUUGGGGGCGCUCCAUGUGAAGGAGAGUCCCGGCAGAGCAGAAAUUGUCACCCCAACAUCACACAGUGCUCAGAAUGUGAUGGCGGUCUGGUAGACUUUCCGUGUGGUAAGCCGUGUCCUCGCUCCUGUGAUGAUCUCCAUGGAGACGCCGUGUGCCUGGAGAGUGCGGAGUGUCAGCCCUCAUGUGGGUGUCCUGAAGGUCAGCUGAUGCAGGAUGGGGCGUGCAUGGAGUCAAGUGAAUGCCGGUGCAAGUACCAGAACCGAUCGCCAGGAGGGUCAGAGUCUGGUAACAGCUCCGCCUGGUCCGGUCCGGAGCCCUGGCAGUAUCUACCGUCUGGAGAGAGUGUGAUUCUUCAAUGUCAGAAUUGCACCUGCGUUGAUGGCCGCUUGCUCUGCACUUUCGACCCGCGUUGUGUUCUGGAUGGCGGUUGGGGUCCUUGGAGUUUGUGGUCCUCAUGUUCUUCAAGCUGUGGAGAUGGCAUCCAGACCCGUAGGAGGAAAUGUGACAGUCCAGCUCCACAAAAUGGUGGAAGAGCAUGCAUGGGGGGUGAAAAGCAGCAGAGGCACUGCCAGGGGCCCGCCUGUCCCGAACCGGAUCCUUGGAGCGAGUGGUCCCCGUGGUCUCCAUGUAGUCUUAGCUGCGGGGGAGGGGAGCAGAUCCGGGUACGAGAAUGUCGGCAUCAGGAAUGUGAA